CAGAAAGCGUAACAUCCUGUAAGGGUCUUGUUUACAAUACAAGCCAGAGAUGGGAGUUGCUAAAGGGUUUUUACAAAAACGUUGUCGAAUACAAAUGACAAAAUUCGAGUGUCAUUCAUUGUGUUAUUAGAAGUAGUCGAAUUAGGUGGAUAAACUAUAUAUAUAUACAUAUAACUAAGUUGCACAAAAAAUAGUUUUUUGUUUCGACUCUUCUGUGGAUUCCUUGCAACAUAGCCAACAAGCUACUGAGCUAGCUGCGUGCUAGCCUAGCUAGAAUAUUAAGAGUUUUGGGAAAUUAAUUGGAUGACAGCAAACUAGUUAAUCCUUUAUAAACGAAGUGGCAUAAUCCUAUCCAGUCUGGUCGAAGUGGGGUUUUGCGAGGUCCACUUCAAUGGGGAACUGUCUGUCUUCGCAAGGUGCCGAUGACCUUUCUCUUUUGAACGAGUCGGAGGCCAGUUUACCAGGAGAGCCGCCGCCGCCUUACCAGGAGCGUGCCCAGGUCCCAGUGUACCACCCAACCCCCAGUCAGACCCGCCUGGCCACCCAGCUGACUGAGGAGGAGCAGGUCCGCAUCGCCCAGCGCAUCGGCCUCAUCCAGCACCUCCCCAGGGGCAUCUUUGAUCCCGGAUCAGAACCCUCGGACAAGAAAGUCAAAGAGUGUGUGAUCUGCAUGAUGGACUUUGAGUACGGCGACCCCAUCAGGUUCCUGCCCUGCCUGCACAUCUACCACGUGGACUGCAUCGACGCCUGGCUGAUGCGCUCCUUCACCUGUCCCUCCUGCAUGGAGCCCGUGGACGCCGCCCUGCUGUCCACAUACGAAACCAACUGAGGCCCACCCCGUCGGAUCCCCCGCGCUGCUGCACAGAGGGGCGAAUCAAAUGCACCUCACCAUCUCACGUUGACAUAGCUGCUUCCAGACUAACAGACCAGCCAGGUUAAGCAGAUACCGGUAGGCCGUGUGACGGAAUGUAAAGCAGAGCACCUGGAGUUGACGGUGUAUUUGAGCUUAAAACAAAAAGUGAGUCUGUCUGCCUUGCAGGCCAGAGGGCCUGGCCAAACUUGUGAAAAUAGUGAAGGAUAUAGAAAUACUGAGAUGAUCGAAUAACACUGCACUCACCUUUAGGCGACGGGCGCUAGCUACGGAUUUGCUCGUGUAGUUUAGUUUUUGGGGUUGAUUUCAGUUCGAAUUCUCCUGCUGUCCCCUUCUUCCAGACCAUAUGUGCAAUAUUAUGUUGAUAAAGUGCAAGAAGGACUCUGAUAGGGUAAAUGGUGGCCCCGCCUCCCAGCCUCGACCUAAACACUGCUGCCACAGCCAAUAGUUGUCGAGACAUUUGCUACCUGGGUCGGUGAUUGGUUGAGCAACAAAUGGCACAGACGUGCGGCAGACAUAUGGCCUCGAAUGUCUCUUUAAAAGCACAGGGCUCUUUACUAGAAUGCAAUUUUUCUAAUCACAGGGUCGACUCUGUAAAAAAAUCGAAUCAACUAAAAAAAACGAGAGAAGAAUACAAGCUUACAAAGUGAUGAUAUGUUGUUACUCCAUGCCUUCCCUGUCAGCAUCUUAAUAGCUUUAUUUUGACCUUUGUAGGUUGGUUUACUAUUGCGUGGAGUGUGUAGCCUGUCGUACUCUAAGCUUCCUCUUUAACUUUGGUUCUGUUGUUUAGCCUUUGGCCUUAUCCUUAACAAGCUUCGCCCUGACGUCUGUGUUUUGGACUUGUCGAGAUGGUUUUUCGGGUUGUUGUUGUGUUUUUUUCUGUUUACUGUCAGUGACCUUCUCAAUUUAAAAAAAUGCUGUGCGAUCUCUGGCAGUUCUCCCACAAGGCUUUCUGGGAUAUCCUUGGGCAAUCUUUACCCCACUCAUCCCCAUCUGAGAAGAGACUGGGGACAUGUCCUGCUGCAUAAGUCACUUGCUGGAUUGCACAAUGUAGAGUAACACUAAGUGGUAAACCUCCAGACAAAAAUAGCUACUUGGCGUGACUUGACCCUCUGCCAGUUUCUGAUUAAUAUUGUUAAUUAAUUGAUUCAUAUUGUUAAUUAAUUGAUUCAUAUUGCCUGAAGUAUCCCCUGCCCUGCCCUUCAUUUUCUCCCUGCGUCCUGGAUGUCUGAAACGUGUUGGAGAGAAGAAAAACAGAUACUCGUUUUGUCAUGUUAUCGAAGUCAGUUGUAAUACGACAGACAAAACUAAUAGCAGUCGUGUUCUCCUUCCCCACGUUUUGACAGAAAAGAUGUGAAUAGUUGUUGUGUUUUGUGUGACAUAGGGAACUACAGUGCCCCAGAAUUUUGAGAGAUUUACAAAAUAGAAACAAAUAUCCAAGUAUGAUUUUCUUUGUGGUAAACUUAAGCUACUAACGUUCAAUUCAUUCAAUCUUUAUUGUCCACGGAGGGAAAUGUUGGUGCCGCAUGAAUUAAUGAGUUUAUAAUCGAGUGAGUGGGAGGGCAGGUGCCUAGUAGGGUGAAAGAAUAGGUUUGUUUAACUUGUGAAAGUAUCGGUUUGGUGAACAUGUACAGUGGACGCCAGAAAACGUGAAUCAAAAACAAAUAUGGCCGCUGUGAAGUACAAUCAUUUCUUGUGCGAUAACCGUCUUAGUUCUCCUUAAGGUUGUGAUUGAAAGUGUUACACAGUCAUGUGGUGUUGUUCUAGGCUGUUGCGAAAUGUCGACCUUUUUGGCUGCUUUUUACAGUCACACGAUUUCCAACUUGUUUUUUUCUCGUCUUUUUAUAUGUGUGCAAUGAGGACACUGCUUUUAGGAUAACACUGCCAAUCAAAAUAAAAGUGGAUGCAAAAUUUUA